AUGCCCCGUUGUUCUCAACUUCAAGUAAGCCUAUUCUUCACAGGAGUUCCGCUUUUAAACCAUCUAAUUGAACCGGUAGACCGCCUUACGGACCUGGCCUAUCUUGUUAGCGGCCUACUUGGGGAUUUUGCCUCUUUAUCAGGAAAUGGCAGCACAACCCCCAUAUCAACAUCAUCGACUGGUACUGCCACAUCAUCGACGGGUAUUGCCACACCAUCGAAAGGAACAGUGCUCGCAACUAGCACCACAACACCGAUCGCAGUACUGGGCUGCAGCAUCUUUCAAAGCUAUAUGUCCCUUUGUUCCUGGACUGUUAGUGGAAGUCACAGCUCAAUCGCACUAGACUCAUCUGCUUUAGCCUCCUGCGCGUGCUAUUCGUCGACGUAUUAUGUCCCCGAUGCUUUGGACAGCGCAGCUCUUGCUUGCGCAAGAUAUACGGCCGGCUCUACCUCAACGGCGACUAACACAAAUCUUGCCGCUGCUACCACGGCGUCGAGCUUUACAGGAUUUUGCGCUGGAAUGAGCAAUGUACGGGAUUAUCCUAGCGCCGAAUUUGCAAAGGCGACCGAGCCGCCCACUUCGAGCCCUUCUGUCACCGCGGAGUCAGAGUCCAAUGAUGGUAGACGAUUGGGUGUCUCUGAAGUUCCGGUAUUGAUUGUCAUUGCCACUUUUAUUACUUUGCUCUUGUAG